AGCAAAUUAGAAGUGACGUCAUGAACGCACCCUUAACCGUCUUUAUUUGACUGACGCGUUGUCUUUUUGUCGCCAACGAGACGAAGUUGAGUCGUUUUGGCGGCAACUCUCCGCUCAGCGUUCAGUUAUUAGCCAGGAUGUUGCGCCUUCGCUGCAAGACCAAGAACGGCAGCCAUGUCAUGCAGGGCUUGACUCACCAGUCGUGCGUGCGAGAGUUGAAGAGGAAAGUGGAGGAGCUGACGGGAAUCCCCUGCGAGGUACAGAAAAUCAUGGUGGGCUACCCGCCCUCCAGCCUGGACCUGCGAAACGGUGACGCCCACCUCAAGGACUAUCCCAUUAAGUCUGGAGACACGCUCAUAGUGGAGGAGGAAAAGAACAAGCCAAAGUCGCUCGCUCAUCCCUCUGUGACCAAACCGCCGGUCCUGGCGCGGCGCGUGGUCCCGGCGGACAACUCCUGCCUCUUCACCAGCGUCAACUACGUUGUGGAGGGCGGCGUGUACGAGCCGGCGCGCGCCCCCGAGAUGCGCAGCCUCAUCGCCCAGAUCGUGUCCAGCGACCCGGCGGCGUACUCUGAGGCGGUGCUGGGAAAGACCAACGAGGAGUACUGCACCUGGAUCCGGCGUGACGACACGUGGGGCGGCGCCAUCGAGGUGUCCAUCCUGUCCAAGUUCUACCAGUGCGAGAUCUGUGUGGUGGACACCCAGACGGUGCGUGUGGACCGAUUCGGCGAGGACGCUGGCUACCUCAAGCGCGUGCUGCUCAUCUACGACGGCAUUCACUACGACCCGCUGGAGAAAGGGGCGCAGGGCUCCGCGGCGCCGCCCCAAACCGUCUUCUCCACAUGCGACGACGUCAUCCUGGCUCAGGCCCUGGAGCUGGCGGACGAGGCUCGCCGCAAGCGGCAGUUCACGGACGUAAACCGCUUUGCGUUGCGCUGCAUGGUGUGUCAGACAGGCCUGGUGGGACAAAAGGAGGCGCGGGAACACGCCAAGGAGACGGGCCACACCAACUUUGGUGAGGUGUGAAAGUAAGUCUACUGUUACCGCCCCCUUCGCAAAUACAGCCGCCGCUCGUCCACUUGUCAUGUGAUUGUCUACCUCACGUCGCGCACGGACAUCCAUGUCGACACACCCUUCAGUGUUCCGCUUUCUACUGAAGACCGACGCCAUGUUUGGACCUGCCUGUACCGGUCUCAGUGGAUCACGACAUGGAGAAGAAGAACUGCCACAUUGUCACCACUUUAUAUGCCAUGAUACACCUCACCACUGGGGUGCAGCACACGCUCUUUGGUUACCUCCACCCAACCUCCGUCUUUCUUUUUCCUCCUACAAAGUGUUCCCACCCAACACAAGUUCAUGCUUAUUAUUAAAUUCUGGUCCCUCAGAGGCACAAGAACUCCUCAGUAGGGAAGGUUUUAGCGAAAAUAUCUCAAAUCGUAGCUGCUGACGUGGUGAUUUGAAGUGUUUGCGCCUCUUCAAAGCUGCUUGAAGCAGCUUUCUGUGACAACUCUGCACAUUUUCAAACAAAAUCGUUUUUAGUGUUGCUUUUAAAGAAAUGGCAAAUAACGGUGCUGCGGACGUUUGGCUGAAGUGGCAUGGUUUUCUUUUGGGGCUUUUUCAGGAGAGUCAUGCUGAAAGUUGUUGGUGGUGACUUCAAGCACACGGCAAACUAAAGCUGCUUUUGGAAAAAAUGUUGCCGAUCACAAUCCCUAGGUAAGACAAGAAAAGGUUUUUCACUUUUUUGUGCAGUUUAAAUUGUAAAAUACGGCUUGUACUCCACAGCUAAUUAUGAAGCUAAUGCUAACCUGCUGAAAACAUCCAAAAACCGCCAGCAAUACUGCAUUUACGUCUUGUGACCCACAUAUUAAAGUAUCACGAUAAUAAUGUAAAAGCUAAUGCAGAGGAACUACUUGUAGUAACACGCCACAUUGAUCAUGAUGGUAACCUAGGUUUUGCAAAUAUUGACAUUGAGUUGGUGAAAGUUAAUUGUAGAUUAUAAAUCAUGCCUCACACGUGUAUAGUCGAAGGUUGUGGCCUAAAGCUGAGAAGUUGAUCAACUUUGACAUUCAAUUUAGACCUGAAGACAUUGCUAGCAGGACUCCACAAGAUGCUUGUUUUCUUUCAGAAUUGUUUCUACCUGAGAUUAUGCUGAAUUAUUUAUCUAAACAUUGAAUACAAGUCUCAUGCUGAAAGAUAUAAACAUCCCAGUAAGAGCAGACAUUGUACAGUAGGGGCCCCCAUGUGCUAAAACGUGUGCAAAGUGCAUUGCGUCUGUUAAGAGCAGAAUACGGCGUGCAGUCCAUUUUACGUCUCUGUCUUCAUUAAUAUGCAAAAUAUACGCUGGUCGUUAAAAGGCCACAAUACUGGGAGGAGACGAUGCAAAUAUAAUUAUUUAGCACGUGCAGCCUGAUUGACUAAACUAGCGCCUUUGUUUAGCAGGUCUGAAAUAGUACGUGCAAACCGACACACGGCUGCAAAGACAGACGAGAAUCCUCUGUCCUACAACAUAUUUGGACUGACAUAAAAUCAUUAUUAGACUUAUCGUCGAUGUAGCAACAUCAUUUUACAAUUUUAUACUGGGUGACUUAAGAGGCUGAUUGAAAUAAUUCAAAUGAUGCAUUUUGGUGUUGUUUUUUUUAAAAUUUCUGUUAGUUUUUUUUUACAUUUAUUAUUAACAUAUCACUUACAUGACAAUAACUUCUUGAUAUAUAUUUGUUUGCGCCUUGAGCACACAAGUGCAGCCUCUCCUAUGAGAGCACCUUCACAGCACAUACAAAUAAAAAGGUAAAAAAAGUGAUUUCAAUGUCGAUGUGCAACGACGACUGCUUUUAAAAUGCCCAUAAAAAGUGGUAGGAGCACCAAAACGCGGAUGUGCAGUAAAUUACUGUCUCCAUGGUGAUGCCCCGUAUUAUACACGCAGAAUCUUCAUUUAUAUAAGGCGAUCUGCACCACUUUUCAAUUGUACAUGCAAUCUUAGUAGAUCUAAUAGUACAGGCUAUUUUAUUGUUUGCACAUGCUGUUUAGCCUGUGGUAUUUGGAUCUUAGAAAUGUUGUCCCUGAUUAUUUUAUUACGUUCUUAGUUUGUAUUUCUUGUUCAGCACUCGGCAAUACUUCUACAGGAUGCUUACUUCGUGUUUCACUAAAGCUGCACCUGUUUAUCACUCAGCUUCUAAAACUUGUAGUGUGUCAUCCUCCUUAUAUUCAGGCUCAAAAAUAGACAUUUCCGGAUCAUUUGUCCCAAGGUAGUCUUUGUUGUCCCUCAUCAAGUCUGCCAUGAUUAGUAGUGUUGUUGAAGGAAAUGGUGAACAUUUCGAUGCGUUUAAAAAAAUGUUUUUCCAGCAAUACUUAAAAUGACCAAAAUAUGGCAAAUGUUACGUUAUUAUGAAUGUUUGUUAUUGCAUUACACAUAACAUGUAUAUAAAACAUUGAUGGAUGUUUUUAGAGCGCUUUAUAAGCGGAAUAGAUUUUAGCCACCUAUUGCUAGUGUUUAUGAUUUAGAUUGUGUGAAAAAGGGAAAAACAUUCUUGUCUCAUGAAGGAAUAAUGCAAAAUUCCAAAAAUAAGUGCAGUUCAAACACAGGAAUGCAUCUUACUCAUUGCGGCCUCAACAUUACUACCAAGUUGCCGAAACAAUAUUUUAAUAUGGCCGCAUGUUUUGUGUCGUGUCACUUUUUUGUUUUCAAAUGAAAUUCAAUUCCUGUCAUUUUGUUAGGUUUUGGUCAGCGUACUAAUAGAGUGGUUGCAUUAAAAGUGCUCAUGACACUACAAUGAAUGUCACACAAAAAACUACAAAAAUAACUGGACGUACUUGAGGUUUUUUCUCCUGUGUUGAGUCACAAUUAAAAAGCUAUAGCAAGAAAGUAUUGUGUGUUCAAAGUGGAUUUUGCGUCCUGUCAA